AUGUCUUCGCUGCGGGGCAUGACCCAGCCUGAGCUGUCGAAGAAGCUGUACAAGCUCAUCAAGACACAAAACAGCCAGAUUGGGCACUACGAGAAUGCGGCGCGCGACACGCACAGUGUGGCGAGUCAGCUGAGCGAAUGGGGCGAAAGCACCGGCGACGAAGCUGUGUCCGAUAUCAGUGACAAGCUUGGCGUCUUGCUGGCGGAGAUCGCGGAGCAAGAAGAUCUCUUCUCGCAGAAUCUGGAAGAAAGCCGAGGCAUAUUGAAGCAGAUCCGCAACACGGAAAGCUCGGUGCAACCGAGCCGUAACCAAAAAGCGAAGAUCCAAGACGAGAUUCAGAAGCUCAAGUACAAGGAACCAGAGUCGCCGAAGCUCGUCAUACUCGAGCAGGAGCUUGUCCGUGCCGAGGCGCAGUCGCUCGUCGCGGAAGCGCAACUUACCAACAUUACCCGUCAGAAGCUCAAGGAGGCGUACGACGUCCAGACCGCGGCGAUCAUCGAGCGCGCCGAGAAGCAGAUCAUGCUUGCUCAGCACGCACGUCGCCUGGUCGGCUUGCUGGACGACACCCCGAUCGUGCCUGGCGAAGAGCGACCGCCGUUUGAGGACACGGAGGCUGCUCGAGAGAUCCUCAACGACGCCGAGGCAAGCUUGCGCGGCUGGGCGCCAUCUGUCGAACCCAUCCAGUCUUCUGGUGCGAAGGUCGGCGCAAACCUCAUGCCGAGCCACGUUGGCCAAGCUGGGGCGGAGGAACAAGCUAUGAGAACCGCCGAGGAGAGGGUUCACGGUGGUGCCACUAGCGCGACUGGCACGAGCGAGGUGACUCAUGGAACUCACGAACAGGUACAGCAUUCAUCAUACCAGCCAGAGGGGGUAUCGGCGCCAUACCCGACACACGAGACCGCGACCGCAUAA